CCAGACAGCAUUCGCUCGUCGCCCAGGGCCCGAGCAGGGUACCAGGCAAAAAUACUGAAUGGUGCACGUUGGUGGCGCGAACUACCAUGUGCAUUGUGUGCAGAGAGCAAUGCAACUGCAUCGUCUGUUUUGCGAUAAGAUAAGACCAGGUGCGUAAAUCAACAAUUCUGGCGUAAUUGGCCUAUAUGUCAUGAACGGAACUGCGGUUCAGUCAUCAGUCAAUCCAUCGAUUGCAAAGAGGCAGAAGCUUUCCAACAGUGAAGAGAUACAGUUUGACAACAUGCCAGCCAACGACGCCACAGUGAUCACCCCAGGGCCAGAGGGUUGGUUCGGCAGCGAGCCCCUGGCAACCAACGACCCUGAGAUUGCAAGCAUCAUUGCCAAGGAGAAAGAUCGGCAGAGACGUGGUCUGGAACUGAUAGCCUCUGAAAACUUCACUAGCCGAGCAGUACUGGAGACACUGGGCUCGUGUCUGCAGAACAAAUAUUGUGAGGGCUACCCUGGAAAUAGAUAUUAUGGUGGCACGGAACACUAUGACGACCUGGAACGCCUCUGCAUAAAGCGUGCCUUGGAGGCCUACCGUCUCAACCCAGACGAGUGGGGAGUCAACGUCCAGCCCUACUCGGGCUCUCCAGCCAACUUUGCCGUCUUCACGGCCAUCAUCGGCCCGCAUGGUCGCAUCAUGGGACUGGACCUGCCGGACGGGGGUCACUUGACCCAUGGCUUCAUGACCAGCAGGAAGAAGAUCUCGGCCACGUCGGUCUACUUUGAGUCCAUGCCGUACAAGGUGAACCCUGAAACGGGGUACAUCGACAUGGAUCGACUCGAGGAGAAUGCCAGACUUUUCCACCCUCAAGUGGUCAUAGCUGGCAUCAGUUGCUACUCUCGUAACCUGGACUAUGCCCGAUUCCGCAAGAUUGCUGACCAGCACGAUGCAUACCUGAUGGCUGACAUGGCUCACAUCAGUGGUCUGGUGGCUGGCGGUGUAAUCCCCAGCCCCUUUGACUAUUGCGACAUUGUCACCAGCACGACCCACAAAACCCUGCGUGGACCAAGGGCUGGCAUCAUCUUCUUCCGCAAAGGCGUGAGGAAAACCCUGAAGAACGGAACACAGGUCAUGUACAACUUGGAAAAGCCCAUCAAUGAAGCUGUCUUCCCUGGCUUGCAGGGUGGUCCACACAUGCAUGCUGUUGCUGGUGUCGCUGUCGCACUACAGCAGUCAAUGAAGCCAGAGUUCAAGACUUACGCCUCCAACAUCAUCCAAAAUGCCCAAGUCAUGUGCAAAAGCCUUGGGGAGCGCGGAUACAAGAUUGUGACAGGUGGCACUGACAAUCACCUUCUCUUGCUUGACCUUCGACCUAUUGAUCUUGACGGUGCCCGGUGCGAAAAGAUCCUGGAGGACAUAUCAGUGGUCUGCAACAAGAACACGUGCCCUGGGGACCUGAGUGCCCUGAAGCCCAGCGGACUUCGCUUUGGAACGGCCGCCCUGACAUCGCGCGCACUGACCGCCGAGGACUUUGAGAAGGUGGUGGACUUCAUCGACAGGGGCAUCAAGCUGACUAAAGAGGUUGUGGCAAUCAGUGGCCCUACUCUGAAGGAGUUCCGCGAAACGGUGGCUACCAACGAGGACGUGAAGAAGAAGAUCGCUGCCAUGCGUGAGGAAGUGGAAGCCUUUGCCACGAAGUUUCCCCUGCCUGGUUUCUAAACACCCGGCAGGCUCAGCACUGAAGAGAGAUUUCUGUAUUCACAAAAAUAAAACUGUACAGGAAAGAAACUGUUAAUCUCUGUUAAUGAUAAUGAGGUAUUUUAGGGGAGUGUCUAAAAUUAGAACUGGUUAUCAGCACCCAAAAAGGACUUUCUGGUUGUUUGAUAAAGGUUAAAAUGAUUUCAUUAUUUAACUUAUUCCAGUUUAAUGAUUCACUAAUCUUCAAGUGUAUGUUGAAUUUUUCCAAUGUAUUUACUUGUGACUUUAUGCAUGCUCAUUACCCUGAAGAGUAUGAAAGCAGUGAUCAUAUGUAGUGGUUUAACUUGGGUAGUUAGAGCUUAAUUAAGUUUAAA